GUAACGCCACGAUUACUGUUAGGCGAGACCAUUUGCUGCCUGGGCCUCGUUGUGCAAACCGCGUCUUCGGCGCGUGCCUUCGCACGGAAGUGGUUUGCGCACGAGGAUUCCCUCAUGCGCCUAGCAGCAAGGCACAUACGGCAGUGAGAUGCUCGAUCCGCAGGCGACGAGCUUAUUAGAUAGACAGGCCGGUCGAUGGUGUUUCGCGCCGUAUGUCGCCUUGAGGCAAUAUUGUAUGCGCCGGUUGGGGUUUCAAAUGCGAUGCCGUUGUCGAAUCAUCAUUGAGAAUGCGAUGUAACAUGGCCAGGGAAAGGGAAGAGGCCGUAGCAUUCGUCCCAGUUCCUCUUGCUCAUCUGCUGCGUUGGCCCAGAUGUCGCCGCUUGAUUCAAGGUACUCUAUCUCCACCUCAGUCGCUAUGUUCGACAGAAAGGUACAGAUACGGACAACGGACAACACUGACGGGAGUGGCAGCUCUCCUCUCGCGCUUUGCGACGACAUGGGAUGGCGUGGGGUCGGCAUGUUGGAUCGACAUUGCCUGCCUCUUGACUUUCACUCCCCCCACCUCUCUCUUUCGCUCCUUUGGAGAGAGAAAGAGAGAGAGAGAUCGAGCAUGGAUGUGCGUGUAUUGUGUAGUGCGGAGCACGAUUGAUGAACUGGCACUGGUUAUGCAGGCCCCAACAAGUCCUCCUUUGCCAAUCGGGGAGUUCAGGAACAAGCGCACUCAAAGUACGGUGUGCACACCUGGCGAGACUUUGUGCCCAGUCUCCAGAUCCCCUCGCAGGGGUCAGCUAUCUUGCCCGGACGCUGCAGUCGGUCUUUGUUUUGCGUUACCUCGCAGCUCGAGGCCCCACUGCCACGUCGAGGUUUGAUGCACAAUUGGGAAUAGAUCAUAUCCGUCAGAAAGAAGACCCUUUUCCAUUGUCGGGCAAUUAGGAGGCGAAGGCGUAAGGGAAGGAAGAUGGGUUUUCGUAGGAUCAGUCGCGACCUGCGUGUCGGCCUAGUCGUCGUACCCGAUUAGCUCGUGGGCCUCAUCCAGAUGCCAUAUCCAUCCACCACCGCCGCCGCCGCCGCCGCCGCUUAUAACGCAAUACAUGACUGACUUGUAUUCGAUUCGCGCUUGCUCUUUAGUUUGCCAGCUGCAGGCGUCGCUGCUGGUCA